GCUGGCAUAUCUGGAAACAGAUCUUCACGACGCCGCACGUCAGGAAAGCUUUGUUUAUCGGCUGCAUGCUACAAGUCUUCCAGCAGUUCUGUGGCAUCAACACGGUCAUAUACUACAGCGGCUCCAUCCUGUUGAGCGCCGGCUUCUCCACGGAAAUGGCCAUCUGGUUGGCCUGCGUCCCGGCCGUCUUCAACUUCCUGGCCACAUUCAUCGGUCUCUGGGCCGUCGAGUCGCUGGGACGGAAGCUGGUUCUGACGUUAAGUUUUCUAGCGAUCGCCGUGGCGUUGUGUGUCCUGUGUUUUGGUUUUGCCAUGAGCUUGGCCGAGUCACCGGAAGCGAACCCAGCCAACGAGCCCAACUCUGUUGCUGACGAGUGCUCUAGUAUGACAACGUGCAAUAAAUGUAUAGAGAAAACAGACGUGUGUGGGUACUGCUUCUUAGAAAACACAAUCAAGAAGCCCUCGAUGGGUGCCUGCACGAGGCAGGUGGAGUCGAAACCACAGGAGUCACGAAGGUACUCAAGAUACGGUCGGUGUUCUAAACCCGACCCGUCCAGCUCUAACAAGUACCUGGCCGAGAAUGUUCAGUACAACACGGCGUACUGUCCAUCGGUCUACUCGUACUUCGCCGUGGGUGGUUUGAUGCUGUUUGUUCUUGGGUUUGCUCCCGGUGCCGGCCCGAUGCCAUGGACAAUCAAUGCCGAGAUCUACCCCAUGUGGUGUCGGGGUGUGGCCAACUCCCUGGCCACGACGUGUAACUGGGUCUGUAACUCGAUCGUCACCGCCUCAUUUCCCUUCAUGAUCGCCAACUUCACGGCGUGGGGAACAUUCCUCCUGUUUGCUGUCAUCUGCGCCAUCGCCGCCGUGUUUGUCCUGAUAUUCGUGCCAGAGACGAAGGACAAGACCCUGGAGGAGAUAGAGAUCCUCUUCAUGACGGGGGAGACGAGGGAGCGGGCUCUGGCUGCCCGGGAGGCGCAUGACAUCCGGCGCUCAGUCGCCAAGGAGGUGGAGAUCGAACCCAAGAUGAGCGUAGGACCUACAGGGUCCUCGCACAUUUAUUAACUCGCUCACCUCAUCCUCAUCAUCCUUGCUCGUUUGAAAUUAACGGGUGUUAAUAUUUAUUAACUCGCUCACGUCAUCGUUAUCAUCCUUGCUCGUUUGAAAUUAACGGGUGUUAAUAUUUGUAUGCGAGUGGGAACACAAGUGCUUGAAGUCGAUACCAAUCCUAAGCUUUAACGCUAGACAUAACCCCUUCUCUCUCUUUAACCGUAAAGGUUAGGUUUCGUCAUUGGUUAAACGAGGAAGUGUACGUUAGGUUUAUCGGAAGGUUUAACAAACCAUGAGUGAAUAUUAUUUAGAGAACAGUGUUUUAGGUACACUUUGGGAGUUAGUGUAUGCCCUGAUGAACGUAGUUGUAAAAAUCUAGCCAAUGACAAGGAAUAUCGUCACGCGGGCGACCCAGCUACUGUAGCUAUUUUAGUUCUUAAGGUCGGCAGCUAAAGUUCCUAAUGGGCGGGUCCCUGGUAGAAAACAUCAAUAUAUAUAUAUAUAUAUAUAUAUAUAUAUAUAUAUAUAUAUAUAUAUAUAUAUAUAUAUAUAUAUAUAUGAGUACUAGCAUGAAGCUUUACCGUGGAUUGUUAACUUAAAAGUGUAGAAGUUACAGCUUUUUCCUGCUCUGUACAAGGAUGGGUCUAUGCUGUUUUAAAUAUUUCCAUAUAGGGAACAUAGAAAAGCACUGCUAUCUACCAAUAGAAAAUACAUUUUUAGCUUUGCGUAAAAGAAUAUCGUUUACACCCUUUUAAGCGCGUUUAAAAUGGUUUCUAUUUGUCAUAAUACCGAAUGUUACUUUUCACUUUU